AUGUGCAACGCCAAGUCCGUGAUUACUUUUGCUAGCCUCCUCGCCUCGGCGAGCGCCGGCCCCAGUGUGCGGCUUGUCAACGGCCUCACGGUUCAAGGUCGGAUUGCCUCGGAUGCUCCCCAAGUCGCCGAGUUCCUGGGCAUCCCGUACGCCGCGCCGCCCCUCGACGACCUGCGCUGGGAGCCGCCUCAGCCCUACGUCGUUCCGCAAUCGAGCAACCCUUUCGCCAACGGUACCUAUAUCUCCAUUCACCCGGCUAUCCAGCGCGUUGACGUCCCCGAGUUCAUGAUCGGUGACGCCGGCAUGAACGAGGACUGUCUCACUGCCAGCGUCUGGGUCCCUUCCGACGCUGUUCCCGUCGGCGAGCAGACCGAGGGAGAAGGUCUUCCGGUCAUCAUCUGGUUCUACGGCGGUGGUUUUGAGACGGGUGGAACCGAUGUGCCCUACCAGAUGCCCCAGAAAUGGAUUCAGCGCUCGCAGUCGCACAUCUUCGUAACCUUCAACUACCGCAUGAAGCUCUUCGGCUUCCCCAACUCCGCUGCCUUGGAGGAGCAGAACCUUGGUCUGAUGGACCAGCGCUUCGCCGUCGAGUGGAUCCGCGACAACAUUGCCAAGUUCGGCGGUGACCCGGAGCGCAUGACCCUCUGGGGUCACUCAGCCGGCAGCAUCGCCGUCGACUACUACAGCUUCGCCUACACCGAGGACCCCAUCGUCAGGGGCCUCAUCAUGGACUCCGGCACGGCGCACCUGGACCAGCUGAUGAACCACGACGCCAGCCACUCCAACUUCACUUUCGUUGCCCAGCAGCUGGGUUGUGGAAACCUGACGGACGCCAAGGCCGAGUUGGCGUGCAUGCGCAAGAUUCCUGCUGAGGACCUUGAACACUUUGUGGCCACCUAUAAGGACUCCGAGGUUACGCCCACAAUCGGCUUCUCUCCUCAAAUUGACAACAAGAUUGUCUUUGCCAACUACACGGAGAAGGCUGCCCUUGGAGAGAUGGCUGACCUGGUGAGUUACUUCCGAGAUAGGACCUUCCCAUCAACGAAUUACGUUGCUGACCACAGCAAGCCUGCCAUUGUUGGCUUCAACGCCGCCGAGGGUCUCUUCCUCGCCCCUUAUGAUGCCGAGAACGGCCCCGAUCCCGCCGUUGCUGAUAGCCUGUCCUACACCUACUUCUGGUGCCCUGCUACAAAGACUACCAAAACCACUUACCGUUACUACUAUUCCGCCGUCUUCAACAACACCUCUCCCCGCCCAUGGAUGGGUGCCUACCACGGCAGUGAGCUUCCCAUGAUCUUUGGGACCCAUGCGGAUUUCCGAGGCAACUCGACUGCGUUCGAGUACGAACUGAGUCACGUCAUGAUGGACGCAUACGCCGCCUUCGUCAAGGACUCGACUAUGGGAUUGGACGCUAUCGGGUGGCCGGCUUACACGGCUGAAAGCCGUAUGGUUCGCAGCUAUGGCGAAAACAACAACGUCACUGCCGGCCGACGGACUUUGUCCGCUAUCGAGGCGGAGUGCGCGAACUUGGGGCUUUUGUAA